CACAGAAAUAAAAACCAAAAACUAACCCAUUUCUCAAAAUUCGUUCACGUUUGAUAGUCUGAAAUCAGAUUUCAAGCUUUAGCAAUGGUUUUCAGUUGGAGAAAGAAGAAACCCAGAAGCUUUAAUGGCGAUCAAAAGAAAGAGCUUGAGAUUCCAAGGCAUUUUCUUUGUCCAAUAACACUUGAUCUUAUGAAAGAUCCAGUCACAUUAUCUUCUGGGAUUACUUAUGAUCGUGAAAGUAUCGAAAAAUGGCUUGAUGAUGGGAAUUUCACAUGCCCUGUUUCGAAUCAAGUUCUUAGAAGCUUCGAUCAAAUACCCAAUCAUUCGUUAAGGAAAAUGAUUCAAGAAUGGUGUGUUGAGAAUCGGAGUUACGGCGUUGAAAGGAUACCGACACCGCGGAUUCCUGUGAGUUCGGCGGAGGUCUCGGAGGUUCUGUUUUCGAUUAUGGAUUCAACGCGACGGUUGGAUCGGUGUGCUUGUCUCGAUUCUUUGCAUAAGUUAAAAAAAUGGGGUUUGGAAAGUGAACGGAACAAGAGGUGCAUUGUGGCUAACGCCGCCGCUGCCGGAGCUAUCGCCGCCGCGUUCGACGCAUUCGCCGGUGAGUCUGUUGAUAAGAACAUCAACGUGUUGGAAGAGAUAUUGUUUGUUAUAAACUGGAUGUUCCCACUUACCGAACAAGCUCAACGGUACAUCGGAUCACAAGCUUCAUUACAUUGCAUUGCUCUGUUUUUAAAAUCCGAAGACUUAUCAUUGAAACAGAACGCCAUUACCGUCCUCGCAGAGCUUUUGUCUUGUAACCAAAAAUACACCCAAGCAUUGACAACCAUUGAUGGAAUCAACAAAACCCUUUUUCAUUUCAUUGAUAACCCAAUUUGUCCUUCCAUUACCAAACCAUCUCUCACUUUGAUUUACGACAUGGUUUCACUUUCAAAUGAAAACACCACAACAGAGUUCAUCAACAUGGGCUUAAUCCCUUUACUUUUAGAAAUCAUGAUCGAUUCCCAAAAAGCAAUAUGUGAAAAGGCAUUAGCCCUUAUAGACCAGCUUUGUGAGACAGAACAGGGAAGGGGAUUUGCUUACGAUGACGCUCUUGCAAUGCCGGUUUUAGUGAAGAAGAUAUUACGAGUUUCAGAACUGGCAACAGAGUACUCUGUUUCGGCCAUUUGGAAACUGAGUAAAGGUGACGAAAAGGCUUUAAUGGAAGCUCUUCAAUUCGGUGCAUUUCAAAAGCUUUUGCUGCUUAUACAAGUGGGGUGUAAUGAUAAAACCAAAGAGAAAGCUACUGAGCUUUUGAAGUUGUUGAAUCCUUAUAGGCCUGGAUUGGAAUGCAUUGAUUCUUUGGAUUUUAAGAACAUCAAGAGAUCUUUUUGAAAUUUUCAUUUAUUUUAAUGUAAAAUUCUUUAUUCUUUUAAAAAUCUAAGCUAAUACGAUUCAUCAUUUGUUUAGGGGUUUCAA